GUUAUUUUCAUGAUUUUGAAAUAUUUUGAUCGAUUUAUCAAUUUUUUUACAAUCUUGUGCAUCUAAAUCAUCCACUGCUUCCUAUGAUUAUACUGCAAAUAUUCAUCGUGCUUAUUACUUAGUAAUUGACAAAAAUGUAUUAAAAUAGGAAUUUAAAUUAUUAAUGUGUAAUUUGAUUAUAUCAGUGUUUAUAUAAUGCUUGAUUUUGUGAUAUUUUAUUAUUUAAUUUUGCGUUUCUUAAUUGUUUCAACUGGAAGUCGUCCGUCGGUGUUCAAUUCUUGGAAAUAUAUUUCCUUUCAUUUAAAUAGAAAUUAAUUGUAGAAGUAUUAUGUGUAUCAGCAAAAUCGUUCUACUGUAAAUUUUUUUGCGUAUUAAUUCGAUGUCGUUUUAAUUUUUGUUUAUAAACUAUUUGUCUAUGUGAUCGUGAAAAUAUAGUACAUAUUUCCUAAAUCAUCUUGCAUGUUUAGAUUUAAAACGCGAUACAAUUUUAUCUCGAGGAAUCAGAUGCAAAUAUAUUUGCAAUGUAUAUAUAAGAACAUGAGUGUUUUAUUUAUAUGGAAAGUGUUUAUGUGACAAUUCACUAUGUUUAUAGAACGAGCUGUGAUUGUGUUGGUAUAUGUUAUCAAAUAUUUUCUCAUUUUAUAUUAGCUUUGCGCGCUUCUUAUAGUCGAUUAAAUAAUUUGUUAAAAUUUUGGGUUCUAAAUCUACAUCAUACGGUGAUAUCGUUAAAAAAAUAUAGUGAAAUAAUAAUAAAUGGUUGUAAUUCAGUUAUAGAAUCUAUUGUAUUUAUUGUAAAGUAAUUUUUAUAUCUUUUGUAUCGUUUAAGUACUUGAAUAUAUUCUAAAGUAGUGGUAUCUUUCAAUGGGACCAUUUAAAUUUGGAAGCAUGGAUGUAGUGUAAUAUUAUGAAUACUAACAGUUUUUAUGGAUUUUUUGGGUAUUCUUGUAAGUCAGAGGAGUUUAGAUCUGGGCCAUUGUCCAUAAUUUAAGUUUCUGGAACUCCAAAAUGCGAAAUAAAAUUGAUUCUUACAAUAUUUAGGGUAAUGUUAGAAACUAUAAACUUAGGAUAGGCUUGAACACGUUUAGAAAAAGUAUUGAUUAUUCCCUAUGUAUUACUUGAAAAUAGGUUGGUGCAGUUGGAGUUAUUGAAAGAUUUUGUUGAGGAGAAUUUUGAUCAUGUUUUUGAGUAGCACAUAAUAAACUAUCCUAAUCGUAACUAAAUCUCGACCAAUAAUGUUUGGCUCUAAACCGUGUUUCAUUCUCAUUGAUACCAAGAUGAUCAGUAGAACCAUCCUGAAAAGUUUUAACUUUAACAAUUAAUUUUUGUUUGUAAGUUGUCUGUUUACUAUUAAUGGUUUGAACACCACUAAUUAUUGGUGACUAGUUACUGUGUUCCAUAGAUCUUGCGAUUUGCUGAUUCACAUUACCACUUUGAUUGACAUUUGAUUGUUGAAAAUUUAUAUUAUUAUUUUGUUGGUUGAACAAGGAUGGACGACUUCCUUUGGAUUGAUUAUUAUUGAAGUUGGAUCUUGAAAAUGUUGGUUUUGUUUCAUAAAGUUUUGAUUUUGUUGUACAGCAGUGACGCCGAUCCAAUGUUACGGACAAAAGGAAAUGAUUUUAAAGUAAUUUGUUACUUUACAAAUUGGGCUUGGUAUCGGCAAAGAGAUGGAAAAUAUACACCAGAUAAUAUUGACGCCAGUCUCUGCACCCACAUCGUAUAUGGUUUUGCAACAUUAGAUUCAUCCACCUUAACAAUGAAGCCAUUUGACACUUGGGCAGAUCUUGAUAACAAGUUUUAUGAAAAAGUAGUGUCACUGAAAGCAAAAGGUGUAAAAGUUUCAAUAGCAAUUGGGGGAUGGAAUGACUCGCAAGGAGACAAAUAUUCACGUCUAGUCAAUAAUGCUGAUGCUCGGAGAAGAUUUAUAACAAAUGCCGUUGAAUUUCUCAAAAAGUAUCAAUUUGAUGGAUUAGAUUUGGAUUGGGAAUAUCCAGCUUGUUGGCAGGGUAACUGCAAAGGAAGUAAUCCAUCAGAUAAGCAAGGUUUCACCGCAUUUGUAAAAGAACUGUCUGCUGCACUUAAGCCUCAGGGUUUUCUGUUGUCCAGUGCUGUUUCGCCCAGCAAGAAAAUUAUAGACGCAGCAUAUGAUGUUUCCGAAAUAGCCUCAUACUUAGAUUGGAUCGGAAUCAUGAGUUAUGAUUAUCAUGGACAGUGGGAUGGAAAAACAGGACAUAUUGCUCCAUUACUUCCUUAUCCGGGUGAUCAGUAUGAUUAUUUUAACGUCGAUUACACAGUGCGAUACUGGAUUAAAAAGGGAGCGCCACCUGAGAAGCUGAUUAUGGGAAUACCAACAUACGGCCAAUCAUUUACAUUGAGUAAUCCUUCAAAUAAUGGCAUUAAUGCGCCAAGCAAUGGCGGAGGUCAACCAGGAGAAUACACCAAAACCGCUGGCUUUCUUGCAUUUUAUGAGAUUUGUGAAAAUGUACACAAAAAUGGAUGGAAAGUUGUUCGGGAUCCUGAAGGACGCAUUGGACCUUAUGCGUAUAAAAAUAACCAAUGGGUUUCCUAUGAUGAUGUUGACGAAGUUAAAAGAAAAUCCGCAUUAAUAAGAGAAUUAGGUCUUGGAGGAGGUAUGAUUUGGGCACUGGAUUUAGAUGAUUUUCGCAACAAUUGUGGUUGUGGAAAGAACCCGCUUUUGAGUACUUUGAGUGAAGAAAUGCUUCGAUCAAAAAUUAGUAAUACUAAAAACUGCACGUAA